GCAAGAAGCAGGUAGUAAAUAAAGCACGAAAUAAACUACGCAGGCAGAGGUUGAAAAGAAAUUUAGUGAAAAAUUAAAUAAAUUCUGUAGCUCAAACACUUAAAAUAAUGGACACGGAGAAGGUGCAUGAAAAAACGGUAGCUGAAAAAUUUGCUGAACGCAAAGAGCGUUUACGUGAACUGCACAAACAACGGCAAGAGGCACGUACGCAGAAUCAUCAAGAAGUGAUAGCUGAAGAUGCACGCAAAAAAUUGCCCAACAACUGGGAAGCACGUAAACGCCAAGCGGAAUGGCUGAUGGCAGAUGAAAAGGCACGCGAGGAAGCUAAGCAGCAGGGCAAAGAUUAUGAUCGCCUAAAACUCUUAGCUGUUUCAGCAGUAGACGCUGAGCGGAUAGAGAAAAAAAAGCGUAAAAAGAAUCCUGAUUUGGGCUUCUCCACAUUUGAAGCGCAAACAGCGCGGCAAUACAAUCGCUUGGUAAAGAAUUUGCCACCACGUGACAUGGCCAAGUACGAACAACAGAAAGAGGAGUUGGGUGAGGCCUUCUACGGCGGUCCAAAUACUAUUUUGCAAGGUCUAGUGAAAGAUAAGAAGUCAUCAAUCGAUAAUAUGGCAAAGGAUUUGGAGAACCAAAUAGAACGUAGAAAGAAAUACUCGCGCAGACGUACGUACAACGAUGAUGCUGAUGUUGACUUCAUCAACGAGCGCAACUCUAAAUUCAACAAGAAAUUGCAUCGUUUCUAUGGCGAACAUACAGCGGAGAUCAAGCAGAAUCUGGAACGUGGUACUGCCAUUUAAGCGUAUCCUUUGAACAAAUGAAAUAAAUACAUAUGUAUGAUGUCUACAUAUAGUUCAUAUGUUUAGUUGUAACAUAAAUAGAGUUAGGUAUA